UUAUUUUGAUUAUAUUUUUAUAUGUGAACGUCUUUUUAUUUUUAUGCUGCAAUGUUAUAUAAUUUUAAAAUAAUGCAGUUAUAUCUAAUAUUUGCUUGUUCCAUUUGCUUUACUUUUGUGAUUGGAGAUGAGUAUCUGUUGGAUUUUCCCCUUGGACGAGUACUGGGUAAAACCAGAACAACCAUCACUGGAGUGACAUUAUAUUCUUUCCAAGGUGUACCAUUUGCUGAACCUCCAGUCAAUGAAUUAAGAUUUCAGGCACCUAUACCAAAGGAACCAUGGGAUGGUAUAAUUAAUGGCACGGAAGAACGUAGUUAUUGCCUUCAGAUGACGACUGACAAUGUUGACGGGGAUGAGGAUUGUCUUUUCAUUAACAUAUUUUCUCCAAAAGAUCCCAAGUUAAACUCAAAACUCCCAGUGAUGGUAUAUAUGUAUGGAGGAGGCUUUAUUGAAGGAGCCUCGUCGGAUGUAAAUAUUGGUCCAGAUCAUCUUAUGGACUAUGAUGUUGUAUAUGUUACCUUAAAUUAUAGAGUUGGCCCUUUUGGUUUCUUUUCUACUGGAGACGACGCAAUUCCUGGAAAUGCUGGAUUAAAAGAUCAGGUUUUAGCUAUGAAAUUUGUGAAUAAAUAUAUACAAUAUUUUGGAGGUGAUCCCGAUAAAGUUACCAUUUUUGGACAAAGCGCAGGCGGAGCUUCUGUGCACUAUCAUGUUUUAAGUCCACAAUCGAAAGGACUAUUCAGAGCAGCGAUUUGUGAAAGUGGAUCAUCUAUAAGUGCCUGGGCUUCGCAAAGAAAUCAAACAGAAAUUUCCUUCCGCUUAGUUGAAAUUAUAAAUCCAGAUUUUGUCAAUAGAAAGCCUUCCUCGUCAGAAGUAUAUGAAUAUUUAAAAACUCUUCCGGCAACAACCAUAGACAGAGCAGCACACGUUAUACAUAAAAUGGAAAGCCCUUCAGAUAAUCAAAUUCAACAAGGAUUCUUUUUUGCACCUGUAAUCGAACAUGAUCAUGAAGAUGCUUUCCUUACACAAUCAAUGUAUAAGAUGUUACAAAAUGGAGAAUUCAACGAUGUUAAAGUAAUUAUUGGAGUCAACUCUGAAGAAUCGUUGUUUUAUGUAACAGAUGAAAAAUUUCCAAACGUGACAAUAGCAGUAGAUAGUGAUAAUACCAUUUUAGUUCCUAGAAGUCUGAAUGCCAAAGAAUCUGACCAUGCUGCAAUUGCUCAGAAGAUAAAAGAUUUUUAUUCACCUUAUCUAAAUUUUACUGGUAAUUGGAGAAGUCUUAUCAAGUAUUUCAGUGAUCAAAGUUUUGCAAGAUCUCUCAUUAAAUCCGCAGAAUUGCAAUCAAGAUGGGCUGAUGUGUAUUUCUACGAAUUUCAGUAUCAUGGUGUUUUAGGAGGAUUUACCAAUGACCCAGUUAUUGGUUUUUCGGAUGACUGCAGACAUGGUGAAGAAACUAGUUACAUUUUAAGGCGCAAUUACGGAGGUUUAAACACUACUGAUCUCUCGAAGUACCCUGAAAUAGAUCAAACAGUCCAAAAGAGGAUCAUAAGGAUGUGGACUGAUUUUGCCAAAUAUCUAAAUCCUACUCCUGAGCCAAUCGAUUUAUUGCAGAAUAUUACUUGGCCUACUGUUAAACCAAAUGAUUUUCAAUAUUUAGCCAUUGGAGCUUGGUUAGAAGUAAGAAAAAAUCCUAAGGAAGAUAUGUAUAGAUUUUGGGAACAGAUCUUUUCCAGCUAUGGGACUGAACCAUUUACGUCCUAUUAAGAACAAUAAUUUUAACCUAUUCCUAAUUAUAACCUACAUUUAAUAAAUGGAAU